CCUUCUCGCUGCCUACACCUUCACUGCUUCCUUUUCGUGACAUCCUACCUUCUACUUCUCCCUUCAUCCUUUUCUUUACCACGGAGACCGCAGGACGCCUCAUUCAUUCGGCCCUCUCUUCGCUGUCCAUACUCUCUUUUCCUCUCAUUGACACCGCCAUUCGCUGGUGCUCUCUCUAUUCACUCUUUGUCCACGUAGCAUACUCUUUGUGCCUACACUAACAACUCUAUUCCACCCCGCAACAUCUUUGACGCCGCCCCGGCCGAACGUCAUUGUUGGAUUGUGGCCUUUGUACAAUUUCCUUGGCAUACGUUGAGUCUACAUUUGUUGCUCGACGAUAAAAUAUUCUUCUGCGAAGAAUAGCCAACAACACACUCUCUUUGCAGACCAUCUUGCAUUUGCACGCCUUAUACCCAACAAAACUCACCAUGCAUUUCCUCACCUCCACCGUUCUCGCCGGCCUGGCUGCCACCCUCGUGUCCGCGCAGACCUCGACCUUGUGCGAUCCCACCAAGAAGACGUGCCCCAACGACCCGGCCAUCGGCACACCCUUCACCUCCGACUUCAAGACUGGCCGCGACUCCCUCGAGGGCUGGAAGAUCACCGCCAACGAUGUCAACUUCGUCGAUGCCGGCGCCGAGUUCACCAUCCACAAGCGCGGAGAGGCCCCGACUAUCGCAACAAACGGCUUCUUCCACUUCGGCUAUGCCGAGGUCAAGAUGAAGGCGUCCGGCGGCCAGGGCAUCAUCUCCUCCAUCGUCUUGGAAUCUGACGACCUCGACGAGGUGGACUGGGAGUUCAUCGGCACGACCACGACCAAUGUCCAGACCAACUACUUCGGCAAGGGGAACACGACGACCUACGACCGCAUGAUCCCGUACGACGUCAAGACGCCCCAGGAUACCUUCCACACCUUCGCGCUGAACUGGACUGCCGAAAGCCUGACAUGGCUCAUUGACGGCCUUCCCCAGCGUACGCUGCACUAUGCUGACGCUGUUGGCGGCAAGAACUAUCCCCAGACGCCCAUGAACCUUCGCAUUGGUAUCUGGGCAGGCGGCGAUGAGGACAACUCUCCCGGAACCAUCUCCUGGGCCGGCGGAAAGACCGACUACACCAAGGCCCCCUUCACCAUGACCGUCGAGAGCGUCAAGAUCAUCAACAACUCGCCCGGCAAGGAGUACCAGUAUACCGACAAGACUGGCUCGUUUGAGUCGAUCAAGGUUAUUGGCGAGGGCGACAACGCUGGUGGCGUUUCGUCUUCCGCCGUGCCCUCUUCCGCGGUUGCAACAGCGAGUGCCUCUGGAAAGGGUGGUCUUGCUAGCCAGGUUGAUACGCCUUCUAGCUCCAUCUCUACCAUCGUCCAGAAGCCCACUGCUACGGACGCGGUGUCAAUCCCUGUGUUCUCGCACUCCAAGGGCUGCACAGAGGGCGAGUCGUCAGCCACCGUCAUCAUCGUCCCCUCCGACUCAGCGACGGCACCAGCUGAAACUAUAAUCUCCUACAGCGGCGCUCUCCCCGUCACCCAGAUCUCAGACGGACAGAUCCAGGUCCCGCCUGCGCCUGCGACCUCGUCUGGCGAGGUCCCAUACCCGACUUCCGAGCUCUCACCCACCGAGACCUCUCCCUCCGACUCCGUAGUCACCCCCGCAUCCACACUCUCACCGGCUGAGACUUCUGGAUGCGGCUGCGGCGUCGUCACCGUGACCAUCACAUCCGGCUACGGCACCGCACCGGUGACUCUCACCCCCACCCCCCUCCCCACCGCGUCUUCCUCCGUGGACACGGUCCCAGAGCCCAGCAUCCCCGGAAGCCCCUACUUCCCCUCCAUGCCCGUUGAGAGCGCUCCCGAGACCCCCUCGACCCUCGCGCCCGCCUCUUCCGCCAGCGUCACGGCCAUCCCCAUCCCAACCGCUGGCUACAGCGGCGCCCUCCCAGUCACUCAAAUCUCCGACGGCCAGAUCCAGGUGCCGCCUGCGCCUGCGACCUCCGCCGACUCCACUCUCGCACCCGCCUCGACUGGCAGCGUGACCGAGAUUCCCGUCCCGACCACCCCCAUCGUGCCCACCUACUCCGGCUUGGUCACCGAGACGCUCCCCGCCCCCUCGGUGCCCGGCAUCUCCGCGCCCUCAUCUGGCUUCCCCGCUACCAACGGCACCGCGACCAGCACGGGCGGCAUCCCGCAGUUCACGGGCGCUGCGAGCGCCAACGUGGCUAGCGGGAUCUGGGCGGCGGCGGUCGGUGUUGUGGCUGUGCUGGUGAUGUAGACGGUUGUUUUGGGAUGAUUACGGGUCCAUGUUUUAGUAGAUUCGGUUCUAGAGGAGGCAUUUAAUUCGCAUGGGGGGUUUGGACGGAGGGAUGGCGGUUUGGAGUGAAGAGGCGCUGGUUGGACUUGUAUAUACUUAGCUAGAAGCAAGGAUUUUCUUCAUUUGAGUUUGGGGUUGUGUUUGGGGAGUGAUGGUGUGUGAUGCGUCCAAGAACUGUGCCAAUUUGGAUGAAUCUGCUUGAAUGAUAGACUUGAUCUGAUGAGAUACGUCGGUACACGACAUGUUCGCUCCAGCUUGCUAGGCGCCGUUGAACGAAAAGAAGCGCUCCAC